CUUCAACCGGAAACCGUUAACAAUCUUAAUUCGUCUAGUUGUCAACAUGCGAACACGAUUUUUACACAUAUCUUGAGCGUGAAUUCAAAGAUUUCAUUUCUUCUUAUUAAAAUGUAAUGGAACAAUAGACUUUGCAACUUGUCUACUUGAUGUGUGAUCAUUUGUCUAUAAAUCAAAUCACUUGUUCUUCUCCUUGUGUACCUCAAAAAAAAAAAAAAAAACCUUUAUAAUGGUUUCAGUAGGUUUAUAUGAAGCAUUAAUAGAUUUCUUCUUUUUUCUCACAUUCUGUUUCUUGUUAAACAAGAAACCCUUUAGCUACUUACCCUUCCAGAAAACCCCUAAAAGCUACCCUUGGAAUUGGCCGGUUCUCGGUAUGCUUCCCGGUGUGCUGGUGAGGCUCCACCGUAUAUAUGACUGCAGCGUCGAGGUUCUCGAGAACUCCAACUUGACGUUCCAGUUCAAGGGCCCAUGGUUCUCUGGAAUGGAUAUACUGGUCACCGUUGUUCCAGCUAAUAUUCAUUAUAUAUUGAGCUCAAACUUUUCAAACUACAUCAAAGGUCCUGAGUUCCAAGAAAUUUUUGAAGCUUAUGGAGACGGUAUCAUCAACUCAGACUCAGAGCUAUGGAGGAAUCUGAGAAAGUCUUCUCAGGUCAUAUUCAGCCAUCAAAACUUCUCAAAAAGUACUACUCGAAGUAAACUCAAAGACGGUCUCCUACCUCUUCUAAGUCACUUUGCAGAUGAAGAGAUGGUUGUGGACUUGCAAGACGUGUUCCAGAGAUUCAUGUUCGACACAACCUUCAUUUUCAUCACCGGGUCUGAUCCAAGAAGUCUCUCUAUCGAAAUGCCUGAGGUUGAGUUUGCUAAAGCUCUUGAUGAUGUUGGAGAAGCGAUUGUGUAUAGGCAUAUCACACCAAGAUUCUUGUGGAAGCUCCAAAAAUGGAUUGGUAUCGGAACAGAGAAGAAGAUGAUGAAAGCUAAUGCCGUUCUUGAUCGUGUUUGUGCAAAAUAUAUAUCAGCCAAGAGAGAAGAGAUAAGAUCACAAGAGAAUGCCGAUGAAGAGAGUGAGGAUCUGUUGACAUCCCACAUAAAGUUAGAUGCAAGCAAGUACGAGCUCUUGAAUCCUGAAGAUGAUAAGUUCCUCAGAGACUUCACAGUAGGUUUCAUGGCAGCUGGGAGAGAUUCAACGGCAUGCACGCUCACUUGGUUCUUCUGGAUUCUGUCUGAAAACCCUAACGUGUUGUCCAAGAUUCUCCAAGAGAUCAACGAAAAUGCACCAAAAACCAGGAGUGACCAAGACAAGUCAUCGUACUUGAACAAGCUGGUGUAUCUACAUGCAGCAUUAAGUGAAUCAAUGAGGCUGUACCCGCCAAUACCAUUCGAACGCAAGUCACCAAUCAAACCGGAUGUGCUUCCCAGCGGGCAUAAGGUCAAAUCAAAUAUCAAUAUUAUGAUCUUCCUUUACGCUAUGGGGAGAAUGAAAGACGUGUGGGGAGAAGACGCAAGGGAGUUCAAGCCAGAGAGAUGGAUUUCAGAGACAGGAGGGUUGAGACAUGAGCCUUCUUACAAGUUCUUAUCGUUCAAUGCCGGUCCAAGAACAUGUCUAGGUAAGAAUUUAGCUAUGGAUCUGAUGAAGACGGUGAUUGUGGAAAUAUUACAAGCAUAUGAGAUUAAUGUCGUUAGUGGACAAAAGAUUGAGGCAAAACCUGGUCUUAUUCUUCACAUGAAGCAUGGGCUUAAAGUAACAACUGCUAAGAAAUGUUGCAGCUUGGAGUAGAAUGCAUUUUUUAUGGAUUAGAAGGCUAAAUAAUGGAGUCCUCGUUAAGUAUUUAUUAACGAGGACCAUGCAUCGCUCCUUCAGUUACCAUUAACGAGGACCAUUCAGCUACCAUUUACCAUAUAUGGCGGCAAUGAAAUGAUAUGCUCCACAACCAGUCUUUCAACCCUGCAAGUGUUGUUUUCAAAAUGAUAGACCGUGAAACAAAACUCAUAAUUUUGGGAAGAAGGGGCAAUAGGAACUUCAAAUUCCUUCUGUCCAAAUGGUUAAGCUGAGUAUCAUUUGUUUACCUUGAUCAGUUGUAGUAAUGUUUCCAUGUUUUAUUUUUUUGCCUAGGAAACAUUCCCUUAGAACUUUCUUUUUGUAAGCUUCUUUUUUCAUUUUUAAUGAUAUUAACAAUUUA